GCCCUCUAUAUGACUACACCAGUAGUAGUAGUCAUCCUCUUAUGAAUCAUCUAUUGUUGUGAUUGUAUUGUAUUGUUGUUGUAGUUAUCAAUCAAUUAAUUUGUUUAGUGAUGCCUUUGGGCGCCACCGUUGUUGCCGUGACAAUGAUGGCCAACCCGUGACCCGAUCACUGGACCCGCCACUGACCACUUGAACUAUCAGUGUGUCUUAUAUUCUGUGAAGAAGAUAUCCAUCAUCCAGUUAUCUUGUGGUUGACAUUGUUUUUUAAUUAAAAGGUAUAACUUGUCGUAAUUAUCACCCGAUUUUGGAUCAAAUUUGUCAUGAAUUGUAUGUCGAAAUAUUUGCCAUUACUUUACGUUUUUUUUAAAGAAAAGUUUUAUUUUAUGAAAUCAAUGGGUUUUUUAAGUUAAUAACUAAAUUAUUUGCACACAAAUGAUAUGCCAUUUGAAUAAAUGAAUGAUUGAUUGAAUUUAAAUAAAUAAAAUGUUUGAAUGGAAAUGAUCGGCGAAUCCAUUGAAGAGCCAACACUUUUGGGAUCCAUUGGAAACAAUGGAUCCAUUGAUUGGCAAAAACGAUGUAUUGAUUUGGAAAUAUCAUUACAGCAAUUGGCGUCGCAUUCAAACAAAGUAAGACACGUCUUCGUCAACAAGAUUGCAGAUCUGGAGUGUCGUCUAAAAGAGGCCCUCAAGAAGGCCGAAGAUUCUGAACACAAGUAUUGCUCAAUAAUUGAAUCGCUUCUGAAUGAAAGCAAUCGAAAACACAAAAAGAAGACAGAAAUGGAAGAAUCGACACCAGAAUUGUCGCAAUUGAAACACGCAAUGGAAGAGAAAGAGAAAGUAAUCAGCGAUUUGGAGGUAAAGAUUGAAGAACAGAAAAAACUGCGACUCAGAGAUGCAAAACAAGUGGAAGAAAAGGCUACGAAAAUCAAGGAAUGGGUGUCACUUAAGCUGAAAGAAUUGGAGGAACAAAACAAUUGUCUUCGAAAGCAGAACAGGAAAUGCAAUGAAGAGUUACAGUUCUUUAAACAGCAUUUACACACCGCUAGUCCCGAAACCCGACGCAAACUCGAGUUUGUUUUGAAACAAUAUUCGGAUCAAAGUAGUAUCAGUUAUGCCAACAAUAGAUUAUACGCGUAUCAUAACGCAACUACAUUCUCGACAAAAGAAGAAUUCAAAGACAGACUAUCGAAACGAGAAUUAUAUUCCACAGAACGCGACACUAAUUACUCGAAUAACUCUUCAGAUGACGAAGGCUUUAGUCAUUCCGGUAGUCAACGGUUUAGUCGGUCGUCGCGACCACAGAAACCAAUACCUCAGCCGAGAACCCGAAUUCCUGUCGGAAAGAAUGAUUUGAGUUCAUUAGAUUUGAAUCCAUUGAUCUGUUAUGCCAGUCGUUCAUCAAAUUCUUUGACCUAUUUUUCACGGGCCGGUAGUUUAGACAGAAAAUUAGCUGAUAUGAAGAGAUUGAAUUUCAAUGAACUGAAGAAAAAGAAGAAUGUCUUCGCUGCCAAUGAAGUACACGACUAUUCAGAUAUCUAUACGCCAUCUAAGGAAGCAAAAGCUUUUCUUCUGAAAGAUUUUGAAUCAUCAAAUCAAAGACCGCCAACACCUCCACUACAUCGUUGUCCAUCGUGGGAGUCGCGUAUCUAUCAAAUUGCAAGCACUGGUAUCCCGAGUGCCAACUCAAACAAUUCGACGCCAAAUCAUUCCAUUCGUUUAGCGUCAAGAAAUCCAAAUAAAUACCAACAAAAUUAUUCGCCGAAAACAAUACUCAAUGAAUAUAAUGUACCGGUUUUUGCAACAGUUAAAGGAAGAGCUUCAAGAAUCAGAUCAAUUCCUUUUACUGAUGAUUCGUCUGAUUCAUCCGAUAAUGAGACUGAUGUACGCAUAACUACCACAACUAUUACAACGGGCACCACUUCUUCGAGUGGUCACGAAAGCGAUCUUUUUGUAACUCCAGCGCACACUUUGAACAGAGAUAUAACAGUCAAUUCCAAUUUGUCCGAAGAUUAUGCUUUACCUCCCGAUGCAGUCCUGUCCGCAUCAAUGGAUGUCAUUACACUGAACGACGCACCACCAGAAGUACGGGCUCCUAAAAGAUUUAGUUCACUUCAGAGACCGACUUCUAUUAUUAGAGACGAGAAGCAGACGUUGAAUGAUAUCUUUGAAAAGAGCGGUUAUCUAACAAAAUUAGGCGGAAGACUAAAAACAUGGAGAAGACGUUGGUUUGUACUAAAAGACAAUGUUCUUUCUUACUAUAGAAGUCAAAGCGAUGCCAAUAAAGGUAAACCUCGAGGUCAGAUACAUCUGGAAAAGUCGUGUCGCAUAACGACAACUAGAGAUUCGGGAACAUUUCAAAUACAUACCGGCAAUAAAAAGAAAAUAUAUUAUCUCACAUCAGAUUCGAUGAUUACUCUCGAAGAAUGGAUAAGAAUUUUAAAUAGUGUUCUAAAAAGAAAUGCUGUUUUCCAUAUCAAUGACGACCAGAAGCCGACAAUCGAAGGCUUUGUGACAAAAGUAAAAUCCGGACAUUCAAAGAGGUGUUGGUGUGCACUCUAUGGCAGAUAUUUGUUUUAUUUCAAGUCUCCAAACGAUAAGAUUCCCGUAAAUAAAGUUGAUUUGAAAUCGGCAAAAGUCGAAGAAGUGGAAAACGUGUCCGACUCGGACAAUGAGGACACAGAAGAUCCAUUAAUUCAAAAUCGACAAAUUAAUUAUACUAUUUCGAUAUUUCCGAAACAUUCCGCAGAACCCAUAUAUUUAUUGCUGUCAUCCAAACAAGAUCUCAACGAAUGGUUAUACCAUUUGACUGUUGCUGUUAGUGGCGAACACUGCGCUGGAACUCCAUUCGAGCAUUUGGUUUCACGACUGAUGAAGGCUGAGGGCGAAUGUGCCGAAACACUGGACAAUCAUUCCUUAUGGAAGAAUCCGUUGCUUUUGUAUUCCAAAGAAAAUAUUUCAGAACCACUGACAACAUUGCCAACCGAUUAUCUAAAGACCGAAGCCAUCAAACUGUUUAAAUCAAUUCAGUUGUACACAUCUGUUCCAUUAAACUCUUCCGGUAUCGACUAUCACGUAUCACUUGUUCAGAAUUCUCUUCAGUUAUGUCUGACACACAGUGAACUACAGAGCGAACUAUUCUUUCAAUUAAUCAAACAAUCGUCAAAUCAUUUCUGUAAUAAGCUGUGCGGCAGUUCAGGAGUCCAUCAGUUUUUAUUAUGCGCCACACAGACUAUCUUCACAUGUGAUACAUCCGGUACAUGCAGUGAGAAGACAUCGCCGACAUCUAUCAAUGAAUCAGCCGGUCCUUUAUGCGGCAAUAUUCCCGACAAAAACAAUCCAUUGAAUGUUAUAUUUAUUCAAACAUUUCAGUUGCUUUCGAUCGCCAUUUCACUCUUCACACCUCAAAGCAGAGCUCUUUGGUUUCUGAAACAACAUUUGCGGCGAACAAGCGAUACCGCGACUGAUGUCGGAAAGUAUGCCAUUUAUUGUCGCCGAGCACUCGAUAGGACACUUAAGAACGGUCCGCGAGAGUUCGGUCCCUCGAGAAUGGAAGUUCUUUCAAUUCUAUUGAGGAAUCCCUACCAUCAUUCGCUUCCCCACUCGAUUCCAGUCAAUUUUGUUAACCGAUCAUAUCAUGUGGUUGGCUUCGAUGGUUCGACAACUAUCACCGAAUUUUGUGAUCUACUCAAUAGCGAAUUCGGCAUUCGUGAGAACAGUCUUUCGGGUUACGCUCUCUAUAGUGACGAUCCGCUCGAUAAAGAUGUUGAACACCUGUUGGACUGUAAAUCAAAGUUAGGGGACAUUAUCUCGCAAUGGGAACGAAUUCUUCGCGAGAAUCAUUUGGGACGUUUCGAAAACACAAAAGUUGUUAAAUUGCUUUAUAAACAACGAUUAUGUCUGAAAAGUUCCGUUAAGUCCGAAACCGAAAAGGAGAGACUUUUAUCUGUUUACCAAAUAAACAAUCGGAUAGUUUUCGGACGCUUUCCGGUAACUCAAGAAUUGGCUCUCGAAUUGUGUGCACUAUUGGCUCAGAUCGAGUUCGGCGACUUUGUGUCUGUUAGUCGACCGCAAAUAAUUCUACAACAAGUGAUCGACUGGUUUUUCCCAAUACAUUUCAAAGAAGUAAAUUUCAUGAAAACUUUGAUGGAAUCUAUUCGCGAUAAAUGGAUGGAACUGAAGAGCAGAUCAACUGUCGAUUGUAUACGAAUUUAUCUGAACUGUUCCCGAAAGUGGCCGUUUUGGGGAUCGACAUUAUUCGAGGCCGAAUUAGCGAAACCGGUUAAAUUAGUCGAUUCAUACAAUCCAUUGCCAGCAGUCAUGCAAAGUCAUACAAAACUAUGGAUUGCCGUAUCGGAUGACUCGAUGGCGCUCUUGGAUUUUGAAUCAUUUCAUUUGAUUACUCGUUAUUCGUACAAGAAUUUGAUGACAUUUGGCGGCUGUAGACAAGAUUUUAUGCUUGUCUUCACAUUGAAAGGUGCAUCGCUUGAAACAGAUUCCGGUUCGGGCACCGGCUCUGGUCACAGCUCACGAGCCGAUAGUCACCGAUCCGAACGAUUGUUGUUUAUGAUGAAUAAACAGAAGAUCGUAGAGAUAACACAUCUGAUAGCUGACUAUAUAAAUAGUGAUUCGUGUCUUAACGCUGUGUCCACUGUAGAGACACCGCACGAGACACUGGACUCAUCAUCAGCAGCGGACAAGUGUUGGACAGGGAGUACACUAUUCUCAAGAAUGCCUUCACUGAAAAUGAGUUCCGCUGUAUCUCAUACUAAACUUUAGCUAAUUUUAAGAAUAUUUUAAUUAUAAAGUAUAUAUACAUUUUA